UUACACGUGGCUCCAAAAGCUUGCCGAUGCGGCUUGUGAAAAGCGGGUCCCACACUCCAAAUUUCGUUUCUGUUCGUUCAUUAGCGCCCUUAAUUGAUCGUCAUCACAUCAUCCCCACCCAAACUGUGGCACUACACUACACUCUACAGCCAAUCGCAAUUCUCCUUCCACUCCCCCCCUCGUCGUCUCGAUUCCGCCGCAAAAGAUGCCGGCGACUCUGCAAUUCGCCGGUUGCAGCUCCAUCUCCGGCGCUAUUGCCGAUGCCCGACGCAAUCUCCCCUCCUCUUCGUUUAUCGGCGGAGAUCUGUGCUCCUCCCCCUUCCGCGGAGUUCGCUUGAGUGAUGAGAUGAACUGCAGUGAUGCCCGGUUAGCUGCCGGGAGAGUGAGAAUGAGAAGAGCCUCGAUUCGCGUAAUGUCGGCUGGAAAUGGCGCUUCGUCUUCGCCGACGAGGCAUCUGAAUGAGUACAUGGUGACGCUCGAUCGGCCUCUCGGUGUUCGCUUCGCCUUGUCUCUCGAUGGCAAAAUUAUCGUCCAUUCUCUCAAGAGAGGCGGGAAUGCGGAGAAGACGAGAAUCGUAAUGGUUGGCGAUACUUUGAAGAAGGCCGGCGGUUCCGCCAGCUCGCUCACGGUGAUUGGUGAUAUCGGUGCAGCACAGAAGGUGUUAAUGGAGGAUGUUGAUCCCAAUACACCGAUGACUUUAGUCCUGGAGAGACCAUUCUUUCCUUUCCCAAUUCAUCUACUCGACUUUUCGAGUGAUAUUGGAAGCUUCAAUAGAGGAAGAGUGGCUGUGGUGACUUGGAACAAAUCUCUGCUAGCAUCAGGUCUUCAAAGUAAUGAGGAAAAUGGGAAUUCCGGAUUUGCGUCAUUUUCUUGGAACUUCCUAUCACAUCAUGGGUGGAAGCUUUUGAAUGAUCGAACUGGGAGGAUGGAGUCUCCAGAGUUGAGGUAUAAGACUCAAGUUGUGAGCAUUUUGUCUGAAGAACAGUUUGGAGAUGGAGAAUGGGCUCAUGGGAACUUCCCUCUGGAAGAGUAUGUUGCUGCAUUAGAACGUUCCAAAGAUGAGUUGUACUAUGAUCAUUCUCUUGGUAUGCACUACACUAAGGUUACAGAGCAAAUAUAUGUUGGAUCAUGUCUACAGAAUGAGGAGGAUGUAAAAAGAUUGUCCAGGGCGGGUAUCACUGCAGUAAUAAAUUUCCAGGGUCCUACUGAAGCAGAGAACUGGGGAGUUAACUUGAAUGCAGUAAAUGAGGCGUGCCAAAGGUCUAAUAUCCUAAUGAUCAACUACCCAAUAAGGGAUUUGGAUUCAUUUGAAUUGAGGAAGAAAUUACCUUUUGCUGUUGGCCUCCUGUUCCGCUUAUUGAGAAAAAACCAUCAUGUUUUGAUAACUUGCACUACUGGUUUUGACCGAUCUCCUGCUUGUGUGGUUGCAUAUCUGCACUGGAUUACCGACACUUCCCUUCAUGCAGCGUACAACUAUGUCACUGGUUUCCACGUAUCCAAGCCUGACAGAGCUGCAAUUGCUUGGGCAACAUGGGAUCUGGUUGCUAUGGUGGAAAAUGGGGUGCACGAUGGACCGCCAACACAUGCUGUAACGUUUGUGUGGACUGGGCAAGAGGGGGAGGAUGUGUCCUUGGUUGGAAGCUUUACUGGAAACUGGAAAGAACCUGUCAGGGCAACUCACAAGGGCGGGCCAAGAUUUGAAGUUGAAUUGAGGCUGCCACAAGGAAAGUACUACUACAAGUACAUUAUUAACGGGGACUGGCGGCAUUCAAAUUACUCACCUACAGAAAGAGAUGAAAGUGGUAAUCUAAACAAUAUACUUGUGCUCAGUGAGCCUGCCAGCAUAAAGCACACUGUUCAUCAAAAUCAGAAGGAUAUCAACAUUGUGAGAGUUAUCGAGAGGGGGCUUACGGAGAGUGAGAGAUUCACUCUUGCUAAAGCCGGUCGCUGCAUAGCUUUCUCUGUCUGCCCGCAGAGACUGGCUCCCAAGUAAAACUACAUAUCCUGCUAAACAAGGUUAAAAUACGACAUGGCAUGCUGUUCUCUUCCCUACCAGAGAUGUCCCUAUGCUACAACUUGGGGAUGCUUCCUUGGCAUCAUAUUCUGUCCUGGUAACCGUUAAGUCUUACCUCCCAAGACCUCAUAUAAUACGCCGCUGUGGGUUACAAUCACAACUCACUGCCGGUAACAUUGAGUAUGGAGAUGGCAAAAUACGUUGGGCCACAAAUAAGCAUGAUGAACAGGUGAAUCCUACAUGCUGCUGCUGCUGUUGGUGUCAUUGGGCCAUACAUAAAAGUGAUCAGACGAAGCAAGUUAGAAACUGCAAAGGAUAUGCAGCACGCAGGCGUUGCUGGUGUAGAUAAGCUACUGUUACUGCUAUCGCAAUACUUGGGCUGAAUCAAUUAAUAAACUUGCUAUGAUUCUUCUAAAAUGGGGGAAAAGACAUUUUUAUUGUAUCUUUGUGUUGAGUGAAGAUCAUAAUGAGGAAGUUUUGCAUUAGGAAAUAUAGGUGUUUACUUUGCUCUAAUCAAGCUUAGGCCAAGUGUAUGCUUAAUUACCGACUACACGGGCUCUCCUGUUAUGCAGUUGAUGACAACAGAGUAGGUAAUUGAUAGGGUAUGAAGGUAAAGUAUAAUACUUGGAGAAGGUCUACAAGAAGAGUCAAAGAGAAGCCAAGACAUAGGGGCAAAACCCUAGAGACUUACAUCAUCAGAAGAAGAAGACAAGGUCAAGAGACAAGAUGACACACUUGACAUCAGCAAGGAAGAGGUCAGGGGGACACCCUCUGCCCUACCAGACACCUUCUCACCAGAAGUACAAUAUACAGUGACAGAGAGUCUGAGGUGCAUGGACCACACACAUAACAUCCAAACUUGUAUAAAUAGGAGUGUUCUCCUCAUGAAUGAGAAUCUAUCUACUCUGACUCUAACUUCUCUCUACUUUCUCUCUCUAUAUAAUUCUUCUCUUUUCUCACUUCGGCUGAGGUGGGGCGCCUACCCCUCAAAGUCAUGUCUGACGCCCCAAACCCCUUGGACCCGAGUGACGCCCAAUCGCCUGGGCUCAAACAGUAAUAUAAUAGUAGGUAGGGUAGGUGUUUCAUUUCGUAAGCGCAAUUACAAAAAAGAAAAGAAAACAAACAAGACGAACCGAGAAGAUGACACUAGCUUAUGUCGACACUCUGUGGGCGAAGUAGUGUUAUACUUGCAGCGUAGAUGGCACAAGAAUGUUGACACUAUGUCAUUGGCUUUGAAAUUAUCAUGAAGUAUAUAGAUAGAUGCAUUCAGACUGCAACCAACCAGUGCAGCUGCCUAAAGACCUUUUUUUUCCAGAGUAGAGAUGCUGAUUCAUUUAUCCACAGAAACACGGAAAAUGGUUGUCAGCUCAGCAAGUUUUUCUCUGUGCUGCCGUUACCCCGAACAGUGUCAAGAGCACUGACCAUUACGCAUUAUGUAACACAGUUGUUUCUUUUUAGCAUGGUUACUAACGCUAGUGUUUAGUUUCUUUUGGGCAGAUUUUCAAGAGCGACUGGAUUAAACUCUUGACGAUCUUCAUUAGCACGGCGAGUAACCUCAAUCGCAUUCCUCGCUCUCGCUCUCGUUCUCAUUCCCCACCUACAGUAACACAAAAAGAAUCCCAUCAUCCAGUACUAUUUGUUAAUGGAGGAGAUUUUGUGGGGAGUAGAAAAGUCCAAAUAAGAGAAGAAAGGAGGAAAGAGAUAAGGGCAGUGAGGUAUAUGGAACGCUGAUUCCUGUGGAGUUGAAGCAGAGCCAUGUUUUGGAGAUCAGCCCAGAUAUGGCCUUAUCCCCUCCCUCUCCCAUCAUCAAGGUGCUUCUUUCCCCGUGCAGUGCAGGCCCACUAGUGUAAUUCUUCUCUACCUUGCAUUCUAGUUUCUACUAUGUCUGGCCACAAUGGAGUGCACUGCUGCCUGUUGUGGCUGCAAUUGACCCCCUUACAAUCAACAUUCAUGUACCAGAUAAAGAACAUUUAGUUUA